AUGAGCCCGUUUAAUCUGGUUUCUUGUUCUAACUUUGCUUAUGUUUGUGUUCGGUUUAGGUGGGGUCGAGGUUUCGGACUCUUGGGCUCAAUUUUUGGAAAUGACAGCGCACUGAACCAACCCAACAGUGUCUACGGGAUUGUCUUUUAUGCCUUUCAGCUCCUACUAGGGAUGACUGUCAGUGCAAUGGCCGCCCUUAUUCUCAUGACGACAUCCAUCUUGUCGGUGGUGGGUUCGCUCUACCUGGGCUACAUCCUCUACUUUGUCCUAAAGGACUUCUGCAUCAUCUGCAUCACCACAUAUGCGCUGAACUUCAUUCUCUUUAUUCUCAACUACAAGCGACUGGUUUACUUGAACGAAGCCUGGAAGCAGCAGCUCCAGGUCAAGCAGGACUAAGCUGUCGAGAGCGGCAAGAAAAACGAGAUAAAUAAACAAAAGAGAAAAAAAAGAAAUGUGACCUCUGAACAUUUUGACUUGCCACCAGGAGACCUUGCUUCCAAACAAUGUUUAUUCUGCUGUGUGUUCAAAAAAAAAACAAAACAAAAAAUGAAGAAAUUUAACUUAAA